GGUCAGUGAAAUUAUUGCCCAUGCCAAGGUUUUGAAAGUAGUUUUACGAGUCUCCAAGCGACACUUGGUCGAUCUUUCUGGUUUAUAUUAGUCUCAUAUGAAAAAAAGGAACCGACUAAGCAAAAUUAGGGAGAAAGACCGGUGUUGUUGGGGCAAACUAGAAGAGAUUUCUUGUAAAAAAUUUCACAAUGAAUGGUUACGAUAUAAAAGAUUAAUUGUUAUUAAUUUGGAUGGUCGAUAACCCAAAUACGCAAAGACGUAGUGGGGACCCUUGCAGGGUUUAAGUAAAGACCACACCCUCUCAUCAUCUCCUCACCCCCUUCCACCACCACCAUCAAUGGUGCAGAGAACCCUUGUGUCAUUAUUCCUACAAAGCCAACCAUCCCUUCUAUAGGUUCCUCUAUAAACACUUCAGCUUGUAGCUCAGAAAGUUCAUUUAAUAUACUUAACUAACAGCCCUUUUUUUGCUUGAUACACUCACGGCAGAAACACUGCUGGUUGACUACUUUGGUAGUCGCCACUUCCAUUAAUUAUUUUGAUUUAACUAGCCAUUAAUUACACCUCUCUAUUUCAGCGUCUUGUCCCUCGUAGUUCAACCGUCCCAACUUGCGAUAAACACACACGUACAUAACCCAGAGAGAAAGAGAGAGAGAGACAGACAGAGAUGGCUAAAGAGAUGAAACAUAGCAGCAUGUACUUGGAACAGGCAGACCUAGAAGGAUAUGAAAACGGUGGAACUCACAAGAACCAGGAUGAUGACGGUCGAGCUAAAAGAACUGGGACAUGGUUAACUGCGAGUGCUCAUAUCAUCACCGCUGUGAUUGGGUCAGGAGUGCUGUCUCUAGCAUGGGCCAUAGCCCAGUUGGGAUGGGUGGCUGGGCCGGUUAUUCUCAUGGCGUUCUCUUUCAUAACCCUUUUCACUUCCACUCUUCUUGCCGAUUCCUACAGGUCGCCUGAUCCAGUCACUGGCAAAAGAAACUACACCUACAUGGAUGCUGUGAGAGCCAACUUAGGAGGCCGGAGAGUUUUCCUUUGUGGGUUGGCUCAGUAUGCGAACCUGGUAGGAGUCACAAUUGGCUACACUAUUACAGCAUCCAUUAGCAUGGUGGCUGUAAAGAGGUCAAACUGUUUCCACAAGCAUGGACAUCAAGACAAGUGCCAUAUAUCAAACUACACCUACAUGAUUAUCUUUGCUUGCAUCCAAAUCAUCCUGAGCCAAAUACCAAACUUUCACAAGCUCUCAUGGCUCUCAGUUCUUGCAGCUGUGAUGUCUUUCGCCUAUUCUUCAAUAGGUCUCGGACUAUCCAUAGCAAAAGUAGCAGGUGGGGGACAUUCAAGGACAAGCUUAACAGGAACUAUAGUUGGGGUGGACGUCACAGCAGCACAGAAGGUGUGGAAGGCAUUCCAAGCAAUCGGGGACAUUGCUUUUGCUUUUGCUUUCUCUACUGUUCUCAUCGAGAUACAGGAUACCAUCAAAUCAAGUCCUGAGAAUAAAGCUAUGAAGAAGGCAUCCUUUGUUGGCAUCCUGACAACCACCCUGUUCUAUGUCCUAUGCGGUUGCGUUGGUUAUGCAGCAUUUGGAAAUGAUGCUCCUGGCAAUUUCCUCACAGGCUUCGGAUUCUAUGAACCUUUUUGGCUGAUCGACUUUGCCAAUGUGUGCAUUGCCGUUCACCUCAUCGGUGCCUACCAGGUUUUCUGCCAGCCAAUCUUCAGUUUUGGGGAGAGGAACUGCCAUCAAAGGUGGCCAGAGAACAAGUUCAUAACAAGAGAACACGCCAUUAAUAUUCCAUUUUAUGGUGUGUAUUACCUCAACUUGUUCAGAUUAGCGUGGAGGACUCUAUACGUUAUACUGACUGCUGUCUUAGCCAUGAUAUUCCCAUUCUUCAACGACUUCUUGGGUCUUAUCGGAGCAGCUGCUUUCUGGCCAUUGACAGUAUAUUUUCCAAUAGAAAUGUACAUUGCACGCACAAGAAUGCCAAAGUUCUCCUUCACAUGGACAUGGCUGAAAAUAUUGAGUUUCGCCUGCUUGUUGGUAUCACUUGUUGCUGCAGCUGGAUCAGUUGAAGGUCUGAUGAACUCUCUCAAGACCUACAAGCCCUUCCAAUCUGAGCAAUAAUCCCUUAAAUUUACUCAACAAGAAGUUCAAAAUUUUCGAUAUCAGAUAAAAUUAAUCCUGUAUUUUCAUCAGUAUCCAAUUGCCUGUACUCCUCUAUCAAUUAAAAACUAAUAUAAAAAGCCUGCUUUCUUCA